AUGCGGACGCGUGCGUCACGCCAGACCUGUGCCCGCAACGCGCCCACCACAGCAGACCGGCUGGACGCGACACCUCGCUGCACACUCUCCACCAGGCUCUCCUGCGUCGUCCUCGAGCGCCGUGCAAAAAGCGACAGUCGCUGCAGUGUUGUUGACGAGAGUGACGGCUCGUGUGGCCUGCCCGCAGAGUCGGCCGGCCGCCCCCGCGGCGCGGGCGUCAUCGUGGCGCCGCCCGCCGGCUGCUGGUGCGUGCAGAGCAGCGCCUGCGCCGCCGCGGCGCGCGCCCCUGCCGCGCUGCUGAGGGCCGCCGCCUGCGCCCGCGGCGACGCCGGGCCCUACGUCUGCUGCGACGAGCUGGCGCGCCGCCUGCCCUUCACGCAGAGGCCGCCCACCGUCGAAGACAACGACAUCUCGCACGACAGCCACGCGCUCGACCUGCCGGACCUCUGGCACGCGACUGCGCCCGGUGGCCACGAAGUUUCUUUACAGGUCCCCUUCCGACAACGCGGCAACGCUUACCGGGUGCCUGCACCUGGGUCUGCAGGCAGAAAUGACGCCACAUCACAGCCGUACGACAGACGAGUGUACCGACCGACGACUACUUCCUCCAGUUCGCCGCACUACGAGUACGACAGACGAGUGUACCGACCGACGACUACUUCCUCCAGUUCGCCGCACUACGACGGUCAUCACAGCUUCGAUUACGGAAGUAACCCUGGCUAUUUUCGUGGACCGGACGAUGGUUUCAUCAGAAUCUCGCCCACAGCGACGCCGACGUCGCCAGUGAGAACUAUUAGUGACCCGUAUUCCUCUGGAGCGACGAAUUCUCCCUUCUCUUCCUGGACUCUCAGUCCUACAGAACCGCAGACUCAGUAUACUAAUAACCGCGGGACCACCAAAAGCCGCAAGAAUACGGCUCAGCGCGAAAGCAGCACACAAACUCCCCAUUUCAAGCCUGCUCUGAACGAAGAAUCCACGUCUUUCAGCUCUUCACAAGAAGAUGACUUCCCACAUCGCGGAAUAAUCGAAUCUGAAAGACGCCACGACACCGGCAGUGUACCACAGGACAAGCCAGACAAUCGUGACGGAACUCCAUCGCAACCACAAACUCCCGAUUUCAAGCCUGCUCUGAAGGAAGAACCCAGCUCUCCACACGAAGGUAACCCUCCACAUCGCGGUAUCGUCGAAUCUGAAAGACGCCACGAUACCAGCGCAGUACCACAGGAGAAGCCAGUCCAUCGUGACGAAACUCCACCGCACGCACAAACUCCCCAUUUGAAGCCCGGUGUGAAGGAAGAACCCAGACAUAUCAGCUCUCCACAUGAAGAUAACUCGCCACAUCGCAGCAUCUUCGAAUCCGACCGACGCCACGAUAUCACCAGAGCACCACAGGAAAAGCCAGCACACCGUGAAGUAAACGAACCUGAACGACUACACGACACAGCAGGAGUGCCGCCAGAGAAGCCACCAAAUCGUGGUCCCAACGAGUCAGACAGAUGGCGCAACACUGGCAGAGCACCGCAGGGGAGCUCACCGCAUCACGGUCUCACCGAACCUGAACCACACCAGAACACAGACAGAGUGGCACAGAGGAAGCCACCAAAUCGUGAUGCUACUGACCGUGAGCGACAGCACGGCAGAGGUAGAGUACCACACGAGAAUCCACCACCUCGUGCUCUUCCCGAAUCUGAACGACGACACGACACACGUCGAGUAUCGCAGAAUCCACACCCAAACCCAGUACCCGACUGGCCGCACCAGAUACACGGCCCCGAGCAUCCGUUCCCUUCCAAUCCUCACCACCACCACCAUCAACACUCUGACGGUUAUCAUCCCCAUUCAUUUCCAGACGUCGAACAUUCCCAGACUCUGCCAGAGGACGAGAGACGACCAAACCCUAUCCCACUUUUGCCUCCAGAGUUUCUUGAAAACGAGACAGAGUCGACGCCCUCAGAACACAGCAACGACGCAACGGCGGCAACAACAACGACGACGACGACCACAACGACCAAGAGGCCGAUGAAGGCGAUUACCACCACGACGACCACGAGCCGGCCGCCAUCUGCCUACAAUGACGACGCUAUCGUCUUCCCCGAUUCCGCAGAGACUGGCAACCACGGCGGAAAGCGCUGGACGGAGGAACGCGCCGUGGAGAAACACCACCAGGCGAGUAAUGGUGACUCCAAGCAUCGCGGGGACCCGGAGAAACACCCCAACAGGUCGCUGCUGCCCAGCGAGUGCGCCACGCUGCUCGAAGACCGCAUCGUCGGCGGUAGCAAAGCAGAACUCGGCUCCUUCCCCUGGAUCGCCAGGCUCGGCUACUCCGUGAAGGGGCGCAGCCGGACGCUGUACCGGUGCGGCGGCGCGCUCAUCAGCAGUCGCUACGUCAUCACGGCGGCCCACUGCGUCACCACGCUGCCGUCGGACUUCCAGCUGAAGGCGGUGCGGCUGGGCGAGGUGGACGCGCGCGGAGACCCGGACUGCGACGAGGUGCAGUGCGCCGAGCCGGUGCAGGAUUUCGCCGUGGCCGCCGCCGUGGUGCAUCCGCAGUACAACUCGCCCAAGUUCCGCCACGACGUGGCGCUCGUCCGCCUCGACCGCGAGGCGCGCUUCUCAGCGUACGUGAUCCCGAUUUGCCUGCCGUUCGGCGACCUUGCCACCCAGAACUACACCGGGCUGAAGGUGACCGUGGCGGGGUGGGGAGCCACCGAGAAUGGUACGGGCAGUGACGAGCUGCGCUACACGCGCCUGACGGUGGCGGCCACGGACGGGUGCGCCGCCGCCUACCGGCGCACGCACAUCGCGCUCAGCGGCGAGACGCAGGUGUGCGCCGGCGGCGCGCCGGGCGUCGACUCGUGCGACGGCGACAGCGGCGGCCCGCUCACGCUGGCCCACCAGCCGGGCGCCGGCGACCCGCGCCACGUGCUGCUCGGCGUCGUCUCCUUCGGCGCGCGCCGCUGCGGCUCCGACGGCUUCCCCGGGGUCUACACGCGCGUCGGCGCCUACCUCAACUGGUUGCUCGACAACCUCCAGCCCUGAUCUUCUCCUGCUGCAGCCUGGGCUCGUCUAGAUACGUGCUGUCGCCGAUGGGACUCGGUGGGGAUAACGAGGCCAUCAACCCCUCGCUCAGCCCUUUCAUUUAUUACUGAUGCUCUAGUAGUCAGAAGAGAAACAACAUUCUAAUACAUCUUUCGCCAGUUUCAUUUUCGCAACGAUAUUCAUUUAUUUGUUUGCCACCUCGUAUUUAUUGUCUUUUCCGGCAGAUCAAAUUCUUCAUUACGUUCUGCCCAACACAUACCACAUUUCGAGCUCCCAUCCAGACAUUUUUAUGCUGUAGUUAAUGCAGCCCCUGUAACGGGCAAGUUUUGUUUUAUCAUGUGGAAAGGCAUCGCGGAUGAAUUAUUUCUUAACAUGUUCCGCUACGAAGAGUGUACAGGAUUUGCUAAGGAAUGAAGUUGAUAAACGUUCAUUAAUACAAAGUAAGCAACGUUAAGUCAGCUGCAGUUCUGACCUUCCAAAGCUCUAUACCAAAAUCGUGUCUUUCAAGUGUAAUUGAAGUUACUCUUGUAUUACAAUGUUGCCUGCGAGUACAACAUGUGUAUUCAUUACGUUGUAAUGUUAUCACAGCGAAGCAUAACGUGAGCAUAAUAGUGUCCAUUUUUUCGUAAAGAUAUUUUAUUUUUAUUUUUUGUUAGUCUGCAGCUAAUAGUAUUUCUUGAUAUAACUGUACGACAUCUACACUUUAUUGUUUAUUUAUUUCAUUGUAGUUAUUUUCGAAGGUGAAGCCCCAUUUCCAUGCACUCCUUUAUCAAAGAUAGAUAAAGAGUAAAUUCCAGUUGUAUAAAAGUCGUCUGUCAUUACGUCAUGAAAAACUCCAUAUAUGGCUAGUAUAAAUAUAAUCAAGAAGUAUAUCCUAUUACGCGAAAAAUCGGGGCACAAUGAGAUUUCACUCUGAAGCGGAAUCAUCGCUGAUUUGAAUAUUCCUGACAGAUUAUAACUGUAUGCCCCAUCAGGACUGUAAUAGAGGACUUACGCCUUUCGCAGCAACGGAUACACCGUUUGAGCUAUUUUAUUAAACUAAACUCUUUUAUUGUCCUGAAAUACAAGGUAUUACAACUUUUUUACAAAUGUGUGUACGUAGCUUAAUGACGGUCAAUACAUCUUUCAAAUUAUUUUCGUGAAACACGGAAUUAAUAAUAAUAAUAACAACAAUAAUAUGACAGCUAUUGAAACACGACUCACGAUCCGCCUUGGACUCUCACUUCUGCUUGCAUCUCUUCUCUUACCUUCACAUAAGCCCAGAAGUCUGGAAGGUAGGAGAGUAAGUAUUGGGGAAACUGAAGCUGUGAGGACGGGUCGUGAGGUCUGCUCGUAUAACUGAGGUCGGUAGAGUACGUGCCGGCGAAAGUCAAAGGAGCCAAAUUCGAGUCUCGGCCCAGCAAACGAUUUUAAUCAGCCACAAAGUUUGAAAACUGCUGAAAUGUCAAGAAAUAUACCGUAAAAUGGACAACUACGUACAGAAAGUUGGGCUGAAGGUGAAUCAAGACAAAAUGGAAUUCGUGCGAUUAGGAAGAAGACAAGAGCAGCAAUAAUUUCUUGAGAUAAAUGACACGAGGUUCAAGAAAGUUCAUCAGCUGAAGUAAUGGAAACUUGGUUUAUCAGUGACAAACACAAGAAUGGACACCAAGCAAAGAAUAGCAGUGGGAAUCAAAUGCAUGUAUUCCCUUAGGGAGACACGCAGCUCAAAAUCAAUCUCUGCGAAUACUAAAAUGAGAAUAUAUAACACAGUGAUAUUCCCAACAGUCAUGUAUGGCUCAAAAACCUGCAGCGUAACUAAAUGACAAAAGGAAAAACUAAUAAUCUUUGAAAGAAGAGUAAUGAGAAAUACUUGGGGACCCAUUUCAGAUAACGAGGUAUGGAGGCGAGGAAGAGUGAACAAAUCUACUUCUUGAUGCUACAAGCAACAAUCCUACAGAAGCUGAAGAGCAGAAGGAUACAGUGAACGGGCCAUGUAGCCCAUAAGCCAGAAGAAAGACAGGUGGAGAAAGCAACUCCACACGUCCCAAAGGACGAUUAAGGCAGCGGUGGAUGGACGACCUGACGAAGAUCUGGCAGUCUUGGGGAUUGAAGACAUCUGGAGGAGCCAUGCACGAAGCAGAAAGGAAUGGAGACAGUUUGUGGAAGCAGCGUGUGAUCUGGAGAGCCUGAAAUCGCCGGGUAUUUAUGUAUGUAUUUUUCAAAACUUUGUUUUUGUAUAUCAGCUGAGACUCAACUCUCUAUGAACUUUUUAUACAGGAGCCCCUGAUAAUGUUCCUUCGGUCUUGGAACUGUUUGUGACUUAAUAUAUAAAGUGAAGCUGUUGAACAUUUAUUUCUGGAAAUAACGCCAGCUUUUCAAAAAGGAAAGGCAAUUCACCGCUUGGUUGCUUGACAAAUAACAUGUAUUCUUUCUUAAUAACUUACAUUGUUAAUCAAGAAUGAACUCUUCAUUCCGCAGUGCAGUGUGCGCGCUCUCCACCACACAGUGAAGAUUCACUCUGGAAACAGCUCCUGGGCUGCAGCCAAGCUAUUUUUCCUCCGUGUACUUCCUUCCAUGAGUGUUAGUCCAGCGAAGUUUGCAGGAGAACAAUUUUGAUGUUCAGAAAGUAGGAGAGCAGAACUGGGAGGGUGUAGCGAAAGGCAUGGUUUCUGGGUCGUGUCCGGUUUUGCUACAGAGUUUUAAUCUGUCAUGUAGUUUUAAUACAUUGUUAAUAUGUGUGGCCCAUUUCCUCAGUUUAUAUACAAGAUACACAGCAUUAAUAACAUAUAUUUCAGCGUAAUCUAUUGCGACAUAAUCUUUCUACUGUCGCUGGUAGCUUUCCAGUUUCGUCCAGAGAAAAUAUCUUGGUCCUGACUUUGAUCAGUUUAUCUGCUAAAAUUUGCACUGUAAUUUGAAUUUUUGCUGCAGUGGCUUUUUCAGAUUAAUCGACAAAAUUAAACUGCACUUUGUCUUUUGAAAUAAAAAUACACAGUUUAAGAUAAACAAAAUUUUAUAAUUUUCUAUAUGUACAAUAUCAUAAACCAUUAGGUCUUUUACCUCAAUAACAAUUUACAUACUCGAGCUUUUCGUCAGUUGUUUGAACUGACCUCGAGAGGAGGUUAAACCCCAAUCUUCCUUCCUCUCUUUUCUUCAAGGAAGGUGCACAUGUGUCAUCAUUAACAACUGGUCGUUUCUUCAGGAAUUCGCCUUCUUCCUCCAUGAUCCAUGGCAAGCGAACAGUGCAGAUGUCACAGAUUACAUCUCCUCUUUCUGACAUUCAGCUUAGAUGAACAUCAGGGUUUUAUUAGUCUGUUAGAGAAACUGGCAUCUUCUUCCACUUCCUUCAUAAACUGAUAAAUUUAUAAUUGCCGGUAAACAAUCUGAUUGUAAGUGCAUCUCACUUUCCAAAACUACUGUUCUUUUUCACAAUAGUACUUCAAGUUGAAUAUUUCCAAGUAUAUCACUUUCUCGCAAUUGUAGUUCAUCACCGGACCAUCUCAUGAACAUAUGUAUGGCUGGACCCCUUGCUUCACUGUAACGCUAUACUUGGACGAACAAGCACUUUUACUCCAUCUCAACAACGUGCUUCCGUUAUAAAAACAUAGUUCAUUACUGAUGCAAUUGUAAACAGAGUAUCCUUACUUACAGGACAAACGUCGAAAGGAAAACUUGAUUAAACUGUCAAAGAGCUUACCAUGUUCCGUAAGACCAUGCUCUUGAUUGUAUCAGAAGUAGUUUCUAGUGUGGUUGUAAACUGACAGAAUUGCCUUUACCUUUUGAAUGCAUAAUAUCAUUCGGAAAAAAAGACUAGAGCUCUCUCUUUCACAGUCAAAUCUCAGUUAAGACUGUGAAUGCAGAGAAUACUUAAAGACUGAAACAUUAAAGAGUCUGACAGCUUUAGACAUUGUAGUGGGAAAUAUAGAUGUAGCUACUGAUAUAAUACUACUUGUCUGAAUUUAAUUUAUUCUGUUAUCAUCUGUAUUUGUAGAAAUGCCUUAUAAGCGUAUUUUAUCUGUGCAUAUUUAUAGUUUGGCUAAACUGGUGCAUGAUGCGGUACGGGACCUAUUCAUGAUCAUGAGGACAGACAUUUACCGAGUUCUCUCUUUUCAUUGUACACACAAACUCUGAUUGUAUCCCUGUGGCUGAUGUUUAUUUAGACUGAACAAAAUCGCCGAUACAAUAGCAGAGAAUGGAAAAAAAUGUUGCUUUCGAAAAGGUUUUCUCUGUCCUAGAGUUGGUGAAUAACCCUGCUGUCACUGCCAGCUGCCAGGAGCCGCCGACUGAAUACCUCACUUUUCGUGCAUGGUUGAUCGCUGCAGCUGAAAUAUUGCUUGAUUGUGUGACAUUUUUUAGCGACUAAACAUCUUCUAAAAUUGUACAACAGGUUGUAUAACACACUUUAUUUUUUUGUAUAAUUUUGAAACAGAUUUUUGUACAAAGAGCAGCUACUGUAAGAAAAACUUUGUUAAAUAAACUUGUAAUAUUUUAUCAUAA